GUGUUUGUUGGAGCUUCUUAAAAGACGAUUUUAUCCUCGGCAACAACCCUGGUCGGUGAUUGCACACCCAACGCCGAACGCCUUUGUGUUUUAUUAGUAUAAAGAGAGGCAAGGCAAGGAGUUUGUUGGUCGGCGAAUCAUUCUCUGAAAACGAAAAAGAGGCGAUGGCAUCAAGACUCUGGGCAUCAAAAGCUGCUUCAUACCUCAAGAUCUCUACUUUCAACAGAGGUUUUGCUUCUGUUGUUAAGGAUUUGAAGUAUGCUGAUUCUCAUGAAUGGGUCAAAGUCGAAGGCAACUCUGCCACUGUCGGUAUCACAGACCAUGCCCAGGACCACUUAGGAGACGUGGUUUAUGUUGAAUUACCGGACGUUGGAACCACUGUAACUCAAGGUAGCAGUUUUGGUGCAGUUGAGAGUGUGAAGGCCACUAGUGAUAUUAACUCUCCUGUUUCCGGGAAGGUUAUUGAAGUCAACGAAGAGCUCACUAGUUCACCUGGCUUGGUUAACGGAAGCCCAUAUGAGAAAGGAUGGAUUAUAAAGGUGGAGAUAAGCGACACUAAUGAAGUAAACUCCCUAAUGGACUCCGAACGAUACUCAACGUUCUGUGAAGAAGAAGACAAGCACUAGAAUCAAUAUCGUAUAAGCUUGUUUUACAUAUCGUUAUAUCGUAUUCCACUUGUUUUCGCUUUUCUUUGCUUAUGUAUGUUUCGUGGUUCACAUUCGGGUUUUAGGAAUUGCAUAUUUUGCCUGAAAAUUGUGAAUUCCAAAUGGGGUUUUGCUUAUUUAUACGACAAGUUAAUAUAUCUUCCCCCGGA